AUGUUACGGAAGGGAGUCUUGGUGUUUUUUGACGAUAUACUAGUGUAUAGCCGAAGCGAGGGGGACCACCGGAAACACUUGGAACAAGUCCUCUCAAUAAUGCAAGAUAACGAGUUAUUCGCUAAAGAGUCAAAAUGUGUAUUCGGAGGCCGAGCAAUUGAGUACUUGGGCCAUAUCAUAACCGAAGGGGGAGUUAGUACGGAUCCGAAAAAAAUAGAAGCGGUCCAACAAUGGCCCACUCCGAAAACGGUCAAGCAACUUCGCGGUUUUUUGGGGCUGGCGGGGUAUUAUCGUCGGUUCAUACGUUCAUUCGGCAUGAUUGCACGACUACUCACCGACUUGCUAAAAAAGGAUGCGUUUAAAUGGGGCGAGGAAGCACAAAAUGCAUUCGAACGUCUCAAAGGUGCGCUCACGUCAGCACCGGUUUUGACAUUGCCCGACCCCGCCAAACAAUUUGUGAUUGAGACUGAUGCCUCGGCCGGAGGAAUAUAA